GCACAGCGGACGCAGUUCAGAGUGGAAGAGUCGAAAGUCGAGAGUCGCAAAGGGUUCGACGCGUUAGCCGGAACUACAUAAAUAUUCAACAGCAGCUGUUCCAUGUUCGAGCUAAACAAUUUCCAUAUAUAACGUUGGGACACUAACAAGCCACGCCCCCCACCAUGGGCGCAACAAAUCCUCCGACAGCUAUCUGCCUGCUUUUGGUGCUGAUCAUAGCUCAGAGUCAGGCGGCAAGGGAAAAUCCACUCAAGGAUCCGCGAAUCUGCGGUCGUCCGCAGUGUGAGAAGACAAAUUCGAAAUUCGGCUAUGGUGAAAAUGUCUACAAAUAUGAUUAUACGGUCGCAUUGCGUACGGAAUUCGCCGGUUCCGGCGAUAACAGUUCCGAUCUGUUUUUAAAGGCCAAUUUGGACAUUUUCUUUCCCAAGCCCUGUGAAGGCUAUCUGCGUAUCAAUACCGUCAAGCUUUACGAUAAGUUGCAGGAAAUCAGCAAUGACAGCGCUGGCUCUGAGGAAAAGCCCAUCAAAGAUGUAUAUGACUACUAUGAUAGCAUAAACAGCGAUACUACUCGAGAUGAUGAAGAAGCAUUACCAGACUUCGAGAAUAUGCAUCCCAAGAGCAGCGAUUUGGCCAUUGACCUGACUAAAAAUCUGCUGCGCUUUGCCUUUCACGAUGGUCUCAUUAGCGAAGUCUGUCCCACAGAGCUGGAGACCCCUUGGGUUCUGAACUUUAAAAAGGGCAUCCUGUCCAGCUUUCAAAACACCAUGCUGCGGUUCGAUGUGGACUUAAAUACCACUGAGACGGAUGUAUCCGGCGACUGUCAAGUGCAAUAUGCGCUGGAAUCCACCGACAGCGUCUAUGUGACCAUACGCAAGACCAAGGAUAUAUCCUCGUGUCGACGACGUUAUGCCACACAAUCAGUGCUCCAAACGACGCCGUACACUUUUCGGGACGACAAGACCAUUUGGCCCAUCUUGAAUUCUCAGAGUUAUUGCAAUUUGACCAUUGACAACAACGUUUACCGAGAGAUCAGUUGCAUGGAGAGCCAUCUGCUGGUUCCCUUUUCGAAUGGCAGCUCUGGCGCAUUGACCACCACGCGAAGCACUCUGCGGCUGGAGGGCGAGGAUACCUACAGCUUAAGUGAAUUUUUGGAGAAAAAUAUCGAACUGGUUGAGAGGCGUUCUGCGCUCAUAUUUGAUCACACGCCGCCUGUAAAGCCCAGCCAUGAUGAGAUCAAGGCAGCCCGUGAGCUACUGGUCCAAAUGUGCGCCGUCGGCUUCCCCAAUAUACAACGCGAGUUUAUCGAUGUGUUCACAAACUUUCUGCAAACCUCAAAGAGUCUCGACUACAAGACGCUGACUGUGCUAUUGCAGCGUGCGGCGAGCAUUUGCCCACAGGGAAAGAACCACGUGCUCGAAUCGCUGCCCUAUAUUGGAAGCACUGCGUCCUAUCAAGUGAUGCGCGAUCAAAUUGUGAACGAGAAACUAUCUAAGGAAAUGGCGCACAGCUGGAUGACCUCGCUGUCAUUUAUUACACGACCCGACAAGGAGACACUGGAAACCUUCUACACCAUUCUAGACUAUGCGAGAAACAAACUGGACCCGGAGUACACACUGGGCGCCACGGCUGUUGUGCACAGCUACUGCAAGUAUCACGAAAACUGCGAGGAGGAUCUCAGGGUUGCGCAAAUUGUCAAUCUACUGGAGACGGAGAUCCUCAGUCAGUUCAAAAGAUAUCGCGGUGAUCGCAAGCAGCGCGAGCGUUUGAUUAUACUGCUCAAAGGCCUGGGCAAUAUAGGAGUUCUAUCCGCCCGAUUUGCGGAGCAAUUGCAGCUGAUUAUUAAGGAUAAUGUGGUCCCAGUGGACAUACGUCUGCAGAGCAUUCUCGCCUUCAGGCGCGUCAAUUGCCUAAAGUAUCGCAGCUAUUUCCUGGACAUCUAUGGCAACUACACGUUCAAUUCGGAGCUGCGCAUCUACAGCUACUUGCAGACCAUGCGCUGUCCAGAUUAUAUAUAUAUUGGUGCAAUCAAGUCCAUACUAGAGCAUGAGCAGAUCAAUCAGGUUGGAUCAUUUGUUUGGUCUCAUCUAACUAAUUUGGCCAAGUCCAAUUCACCGGUUCGCAUUGAGGCGCAGGGCUUGCUGCUGAACGAUGAGCUCGCCGAUAAGUUCAAGAUGGAUAUACGCAAGUUCUCGAGAAAUUAUGAGCACAGCUUGUUCUUUGAUGAAUAUAAUUUUGGCACAACAACCGAUGCAAAUCUUAUUUUUGGCACCAAUUCCUACCUACCGCGCAUAGCCAGUGUUAAUUUUACCGCCGAUCUAUUUGGCCAAUCUGUCAACUUCUUUGAGUUCAGCGCACGCGCCGAAGGCUUUGAGGAGCUGGUGGCCAAUGCUUUUGGGCCCAAGGGACCUUUUAAUGGUGAGCUGUUGCGUAAGAAGCUCUCCUUUUUCAAUCGCUGGCUGGGCAAUGAGAGCGCAGAGGAGGAUGACACCUUGGAGAAUCUGCUCAGCUUGGAGAGCUUGCGUCUGAAGCGUAAAGCAGCCGACACCGCAGAGUUGGAGGAAGAGCACGAAUACGAAUACGAAGAGGAGCUGCAGGACUCCACGCGAUCCAAACGCAACGCAGAUGCCUCUGCAACGGCACGCAAACAAGGCAUCGAUCGCAAUGUUGAUCAACUGGGCUACAAGCUGAAAUACGACUACAACAAUCCCCGUGCGCAGUUUGGGCUGCGCGUCUUUGGCAACGAUCUGCGCUAUUACAAUAUCGAGUCCAUGGCCGAGGUGGCGCUGCUAAUUAAACAGUUCAAUCCCCUUUACCAGGCACAGAAGCUGCUGUCCGGCAAGCCUUUCAGCUAUACAAAGUCACGUGUAUUUUUGGACGCCUCAUAUAGCGUUCCUUUGGCUGUGGGUAUGCCGCUGGCUAUACACGCGUUUGGUGCUUCUUCUGUGGACCUGAGCAUAUCUGGCAAUCUGGAUAAAUUGGACGUUGAUUGGCAUUUCGACGUGCAGGGACGCUUUAAGCCAUCUGUGUCCGUGGAUGUCAUUACCACGAUGCAAACAGACAUGUACUGGGGCCAGUCGGGCAUUAAAGUCAAGAGCAAUUUGUACUCCAACUCAGAGGUGGAGGCCAACUUAAAGAUGCGUGGCCGCAAUCUUAUUUCCUUCUCCUUCAACCUGCCGCAGGAUAAAAACGAAAUCUUCAGCGCACGCUCUGAGCUCCUGGUUGUUAAACACGAUCGAGAUUUGCCCCAGCCUGGAAUUGAGAAGCGCAGCUCCAAUUCCACAUGCACCUGGCCCGUGCUGGACAGUGCCAUUGGACUGCAAAUGUGUUCGCAUUAUAGUGUGCCCGAUCUGAGCAAUGCGACAGCCGCUUAUCCCAGUUUGUUGCUAUCUGGUCCGCUCAACUUUAGUCUUAUACUCAAGAAAUCCGAUUUGACCGCCAAGAAAUAUGUAUUUGAGUACAAUUGGGAUCAGCAGGAAGAGGAAAACAACUUUACGUUAGUGUUCACCACUCCUGGCUCGAAAAUACCACGCAUCCUGGUGGCCAAUUUGACUAGUCUAUCGAAUGCCUUCAAUGCAUCGGUGGCCUUCGUCAAUGGCAAGAGUCGUGCAUCCGCCGGAUGCAGCUAUGAUGGCAAUCCUGAAUACAGGCGCCUCGAUGUAUAUCUGGACAACAAUGGUAAUCGAUCACUGGAUCUGGCCAUGGAGCUUAGACGCUAUCAGGACUUUACAGCCUGGAUUUAUAAGCCACGCAUGCUUUUGAUCAUCAACGGUGUCAAGAUUACCGGGGUGGUCGGCUCCAUCAAGAUCAAUGAGAAGAACGGUAUUAAGCAGCACGAUGUGGAUCUCUCUUUUGAAACAAAGAAGCUGCAGGCGCUGGUCAGCGGCAACAUAGUGCAAACCGAAGUCACAACCUCAACAAACAUGACCGUGAAUUACAGGUUCCAGGCAAGCAAAAUCGAAACUAUUAACUUUGCAGGUCGUCUGGUUAAUAAUGGCGAUAAAUCGAAAACUGAAUAUCGUGGAAAUGUGAAGCUACGCACAACUGCCUAUCCAAAACUGAACUUUGCCUCGAAUGCCACAUGGCUCAGCCUACAAGGACAUACCGAGGGCGUUCUGACCUACAACAAUGCACCCAACUAUAUCAAUCCCAAUCACACCAGUAUGGUAAGGGUUAUCUUUGCGCGUUCCAGCUCCGAAGAUGCCAUUUUGGAGGGCUCGCGCACGCGCGCCAGCUUGGAGCUAAAGCUGCCCAGAUCGAAGAUCGACUACCGCAUAUUGGUUAAGCAUGAGGAGCGCAGUAAAAACGGCACCGAGCACAAUGUUAUCGUGGGUCUCAAGUAUGCGCCUGAAAAGGAGAUAACCGGGCUGUUUUCCGUACACUUGCCGCGUCGCAGCCUCUUCGUGAUUGAUGCCUACAUGAAUGUGUCUGUGCCGGAGUUUAAUUCCUGCACAGCUAGUCUGAAAGUCAAUGAGAAGGCAACCAAGGAUUAUAUGGUGUUCAUCAAUGGUUCGUGGUUUACGGGUCACUCGAUAGCCCUUAAGGGCAACUACAAGGAUCGCAGCUCGCGUGUGCAGGCACUGCAUCAUUUGAAAAUGAUCGUGGAGAGUCCCUCGUUUGAAACGACCUCGCUAAACAUUGUUUACAGACGCAAUCAGCUGCUGAUCUUCUACGAUCUGCAGGCCAAAUACGGCAAGGAUCCGUACGGACUGACCGUACAAUAUGCAUCCAAUGCUCACAAUCGCAAUUCCAAUGCCGAGGUGCGCUUGAAGGUCAAGGAAAAGGAUUAUUGGAUCAAUUCAAAACUGUUAUCGGAGCAGCCAAAGCUGUUGCAGCUGGAGAUUCACAUGGACAAAGUUCGUGAUGUACACAUCAAAGUGGGCCUGCUGAACAUUGAAAAACGCAAGGAACUUUCCCUAGAGCUGAAGUGGGAUGCCAAUCGUGAUCCUUCGGAACGCCUAGGCCUGCUCGUCGAGUAUAACAAUCCGGGCAAUAAGCACUACGACGGCAACGUAAUGGUAACCUAUCCGGAACGAACAAUUAACUGCGGCUUUAACGCCUACACGGGUGGCCCCAAGUAUUAUGGCAAGGCACAUGCCUCAUGGAGCAUAACCGAAGUUAUUGAGUUCAGCUAUAAUGCGGGCAUUAUGCCGGGCAAGACCCUGCACAACUGGCUGCAUGCGGAGAUCAACACGCCCUUCGAGGGCUGGCGUACGAACACGCUGAGAGCUGGUGUUUACAAUAUGCACAACUUAAUAUUGAUUAACUCGACGCUUUCCUGGGCGGAAGAUCAAAAACUGCAGCUGGGCUAUAAGAGCGAUUACGACCUUCGUGAUCAGCUUGUUAGCUUUGAUGUGCGCUUUGGCAUCAACAGCACCAUCAAAGACAUACCCACCAUUAAUGUACGGGCUGUGCACUGGCAGGACCCUAAGAGAGUCGACACAGAUCUCUAUCUGAGUUACAAGGGACAGAACGAUACCUUCAACACCUACAGCAUCAAGUCCGAUUGGGACUUCGUACGAAAUCAGCGCUAUCAGAAUAUCUCCGGCACAGUCUCACUUGUCAGCCCCUUCGAGGGUUAUCGCAAGGGCGGGCUGGCGGCCGUGUUUAUGCUGAACGAUCAGCGCCAGGUGCAAGGAGCGGCCUCUCUGGAGUUUGAAGUUCGCGAGUUUACCCUCACAAUGGAUGGGUAUGUGAGAAAAUUUACGGAUAAUAUGCUCAUCAUAAACAUAACAACACCUCUGGAGAAGUUCCGCACCAUACACGGACGCCUUGGAUUGAAUGAGAAGAAGCGCCAUGCUGUGGCGGAGGUGCGAGCGCCAACUGCAGCACUGGGCAUUGAAGCGUUAGCGGACAUAAAGAAUCUACUGGAUUUUGAUGUUAAAUUGAGUUUGGCCACGCCCAUUGAGAGCUUCCAGCAAGCUGCCCUCUUGGCCAAAGUAAAUCCAGAGCGCGUAGACAUGCGUGGCAUCUGGAACAAUGCGACCUUGGGCUUUACUGGGGUCUGGCAUAUGGACAACAUGACUGACUUUGAAUACUCGUAUCUGGUGUUCACACCAUUGGUGGGCUUCGAGGAAAACGGAUUUAUUGUGCAGCUACUCAAGCGGGAUACCUUCAUAUUUAAGCUUCACGGCAAGUUCUCGCACUACAAGCUUGGCGUCAAGAUCAAUGGCAAUCCCAAGCCAAAGCUGGUCAAUCAACUGAGCAGCCAAAAGAUGCUGCUGGACUUGCACUUCGAUGAUGAUUUCCAGCCACCAAAAACUAUAUUAGAAGAGGGUGAGGAGGAAGACGAGGAUGAGUACAUCUCCUACUUUGUCAACUUCCAGGUGGACACUUUGGCGUGGCCCACCAUAAUUGGUGAAGUGGAUAUACAAGAGAAUGUGGACUUGUAUUUCGUUUUGGGCAGCGUGCAGCUCCCCCAGGGUCGUGUUGACUUUAGAGAUCGUCUGUACUAUCCCGACUAUAUCAAUGUGCUCAAUGUGCUCACCGUGUCCACACCGUUCGCCGAGGCCAACGAGUUGAAGUUCAUAUUUCAGUAUCACAUUGAUUUGUAUUUUAAUUCAUUCUAUCAGCGCGUGCACUUCAUGGUCAACGAUAUCCAAAAGCAGUCCCAGGAAAUGGGCUUCGAGCUUAACUACACCAAAGUGGUGGACAAUGUCAGGCCCAAGGCGCACAAUGUCCAACUAAAACUAAUUACGCCGUACGAGCAGCUGCCAGAAAUCAACAUCAAUGGCAAAGUAGAGCUCGAUGACAAUGCUUACAAAGGCAACAUCACCUCAACGACAGCUCACACACAUCUCUCCCUAGCUGCCGCUGUAGAGAACGAGGACAAUUUCCUGGAAACCUCAGUGGGCAUCUUGCUGGAAACGAACGUCAUUCCGCAUUAUGCUUGCAAUGCCUACUUUAAGAAGGACUUUUCGGCUGUGGACAAUAUUAUUGACAUACGGUUCCAGGUCACUGACAAUGGCAACGUCAAUAAGCUGCACAUUGAAACGGAUUGGCACACUGAUCCAGCCUAUUAUAUCAACGUCAAUGGCAAAGUGCAUACCACAAUGCUGCCACUGAAACUGGCUUCCACGUCAGUGCUGGCGACCAAAGGAUCUAGUCCGCAGCUAAAUGUCGAUUUGAACUUCCUAAGUCGCGAUGGUCAGAGCAUUUCGUAUGGUACGCGUGCUAACAAGAAGAAGGAUGUGUUCAAUAUUGAAGUGUGGACACCGCUGAAGAACUACAGAAAUAUCUCGAUGCAUGGCACCAUUGUUCGCAAUCAAAACGAUCCGAAACGAUAUGAUGUCAUCGGCAACUUGUAUCGCAACAUGGCCACAUAUGAUGUUAAGGGGGUCGUCCGUAUGAUUGAUACCCUGCCCAUAGAUGUCACGCUGCGUGUCCAGCCCAAGUCAGGUGGUCGUGAUGGCGUCAUUGAGUUGAACAUACAAGAGGCGGGCCCGAGGAAAAUACGCUUCUCUUUCAGCGCCAUUGAGGAUGGCAAAAUGUGCCAGGUAUCUGGCGGAUACAGCGUCAGCGGCAGCAAUGGACCAAUGGACUUCUCUGUAUUGGUGGAGAGCACCGAACCGGAAAUAGCGCGGAUUAAUUUUUAUGGAAAUCUGGUGCCAAAGGAGCAGGGACGCGUGGUGGGCGAUGUGAACCUGCAGACACCCUGGAAGCAGCUGGGUAUCGACUCGGUGCAUCUUCACUCCGAGGUGGGUGUACGCGCCGACGGGGGCAAGAUCGUUGGCGAGUAUCAGAUUGGCAAGCAUAUUGGACGCGGCAGCUGCUUGUGGUCUUGGAUUCUGGCUGAGAAUCUGCAGCUUGUACUGGAGAGCUAUAUGGAACGACCCGAAGCCCAACCACGCAUUGUGCACGCCAGCGCAAGAUACUUAAAUCCAGGCAAAACAUUCCAGCAGCUGCAAACAGGCGGACGUCUGAGCGUCGAUUCGAAAUGGAAUCUUGAUGUGAACGGCAGCUUGCACUACAAGUCCACGGACGAGUUUGAUUUCGAUGUGCUGACCCAACUGCCACUGCCCCUUGGCGAUACUCAUAAGCUGAGCUGCAAAUAUCGAGGCAAUGUUAUAAGCAAACAGUUGACAGAUCCCGAUAUCUACAUCUUGGGCGGCUACGAGGCGCUGGAAGCGCAGCGCACGCUCUCAGCGCAUCUCAACUAUCACAAUGACACUAAUGCUCUAAAGGGCUUGGCUCAUGUGGAGUGGGGAGUGAAGCAGGAUAUUUCGAUAGUGGAGGGUGACUUUACCCUGCUGCAAAAGCAAAACAAUCGCAGAGAGUUCGAAGCGAAGCUGACAACACCCAAGUUCAAGGGUGAGCACACGUUUGGAAUCAGCGGUCACUAUGACAAGCCCAAUGCGGAAUACCAUAACUUGGUCUGUGCACUGGACUAUCCGGCAAGUCGUCGCAUAUCCGAUCUGGAUGUGUCCUUUAACUCCCUGAGCAACAUGCAUGGUGCGGUGAACUCCAGCACACCCUUCCUGAAUGUUAGUUGGUUCAAAACAGACUUCGAGUUCACCACAAAAAGUGGACACAGCUAUCGUUAUGUUCGCUGCAAUUGGCCCAAGGACAGCGCCUUCUUCAAGCUGAGAAGCAACUAUGACAGCGAUAACACCAACCACAAUCUCAAUGGCAACAUCGAAAUUGAAGUACCAUUGACCACAAGGCAUCGUGGGGAUGUUUCCUACGGUUUGCAGGAACGUCCCAACUUGGAUUCGGGCAAUCUGAAGGUUGUGUACAACACACAACAAAUACUAGACGGCAAGUACAAGCGCGUGGAGCUACAGAAGCAUCCCAUCUACAAGGACACAACGGACAUUACCCUGGAGAAUGAUAUGAAGCCCCUGGGCAUACAUUAUGUGAAUUCAAGGGAUAUGCGGGAUCCGGCUGGAGCGCGGGAUAUCAAACACAUUGAACUCUUCGAGCUGCGCAAUACGAAAAACUUUAAUCUAACCGGAGAGCUGCACGUGCUGACUACGCUCACUGCUCAGGAGUUCAAGGUUGUGGCCGUGCAUCCUAAUCGUGCCGUCGUCCUGACCACAAGGUACGAGGAUGUCAAUCCACAAGUUGUCAAGCAGCACACCAAAAUCGAGCUAUCGGAGACAGCCUGGAUAGGCUACAACCUGGAGCUUGGCAACUUUAGCACGAAUGGCAAUGAAUCGCAGCGCUUUGCACUGGAACUCUUCUAUCCCAAACGCAAUCUGUCCGCGUCUGGCUGGUAUUACCUUACCGACAAGAAUUUCAACGCGGACUUGGCCUUGAAUUGGGCCGGCACUGGGCGUUAUGAAGAGUCCAGAAAUAUUCGCAGCAACUUCCAUUGGAAAGCGGAGCCUUUGCGUAAGGGAGAUCGUGAUCAUCAAAUAUUUGGCUGGACAGUGGCUCAUCCAUACCUCGAAAAGGACAUCGAUUGCAGGGCCAUAUACUAUCGUGGCUUGCGGGAUCUACUUCGGGCGCAUCUGACUAUCAACUACUCUGACAGUCCCGAACAGUUGAUUACGUUGGGCGCACAGCUGCGGGACUUAUACCAUGAAUUGGGUCACACAAACUACACGUUCAAGCUGUAUGGCUAUCAUCCGGCCUCUGAGCUGGACGUAGAGCUGAAUGGCACACUGGCCGCGCGUCCCUCGUACUACAAGACGGAGACGACAGCGCACUACAAGCGCGACUAUUCCCCCAUGUAUGGCAAGUUCCUGGCUCUACUGGAUCUCAAUAAGCGUGAGGUGGAAUACGAACGUCGCUCGCCAUACCACACGGUGCGCCUGUGGCUGCUGCCCACCACGCAGUAUCCUAUAUAUGGCUUGAAUGCGACUAUUUGGGAUACACCGGACACAAAUCACACGGGCUAUGUCUAUGUGAAUGUUGCGGAGCGUAAGGCACGCAUGGACUUCAACCUGACGGAGGAUGCCAGCCAGAAUCUGCAAAUGGUGGGCUAUAUACCCGACACACGCAGUGGUUAUCUGGACAUCUGGCGCAACUACGAGGAAAUCCGCAUUAUUGAUGUGAGCUCCUAUUUGAAAAUGAACCAUUCUCGUCUCAUCACAGGUCGCUUCCACUGGCGUCCGAGCAUUAAGAACGAGCUGCGCGAGAAGAUCAAUGGCGUGGGUAAUUCCAUAUAUAACUCCUUCUCCGAUGGCAUUGAUUUCUGGAUUAAAUCUGUCUACUCCGAAUCUGUGGACUCGGUGGGCGUCAUCUGGAGCACGGCCAAGGAGUACAAUAAAAAUUUCAUUGAUGACAUCAGCCAGCUAAGCGUAUUGGAAGAGGAUCUGAACGAUUUUCGCCUGUUUGUUAAUCAGUCGUAUGAGGCGAAUGAUUUCUACAUUAAAAAUGUAGUCAACUUUACACUGACCAUACUGGAUGAGCUGGCCAUCAGGGAUCACAUCGAGUCGCUGCCAAAGAUAUUCUCUGAGCUGUGGCAGGCCAUGGGUGACUCAGGCAAGGCGCUGCGUAACAGCAUUGUGUGGCUGAUAGAUACUAUAAAAACGACCUACAACAAUGUCCUGGACGCAAUCAGUCGCUUCUUCCAUGGCGAAAGCUUAAGCUACAUUUCAACGCUCAUGGAGAAGGGCAUAGAGAAGUACGAUAAGUUUGUCAAGGAGCUGCACAUCAAGUUCAUUAAGUACAUUGAGAACCUGUGGCACAAAUUCUGGCAUCUGGCGGAGACCUACUGGAAGAAUGUGCUCAAGCGAUUCGAGCCACACAUGUUUAAGAUCAUCAGCUUUAUAGAGACAAGCGCUUGGGAUCUGAGCAAGGAGGUGUUUGACUUCAUAUACAAACGGACCAACGAGCUGGCCGAGUCGCCCUAUUUCAAUAAGGUGUCCAGUUUUACUGCCGAUGCGGAACGCUUAUACAGGGAUAUACAGGCGAACGAUGCCAUCACGAAUAUUAAAAAGUACUCGACGCUGGCCUGGAACUUUAUCAAGGAGAAGUACUUUAAGCUGGUGCCAUUUGGCGCAGAGCUGAACGAGGUGCUCACCGAAAUCUGGCAAGAGAUCAAAGAGCUGCAGAAGAUUGAACAGGUUCAGAUCGUGGUACAAAAGUACAACGAAAUUGUGGCCAAAUUGGAGUGGAUUGCCGAUGAGCUGCAGCUCGAGUAUCGCAUUCAUCAGCUAUACGGACUGUUGCGCAACAAGCUCCGCACCUAUACGAUGAAUGCCCUGGAAACGGCGGACAUGUACAGAGAGGCCAAGACCAAGUUCGUGUUCGAUCCGGAGGUGGGCGUUAUUGAUCUGGAACAAAAGCUGCCCAUGUCCUGGCAUGCGUUCAAUGAGACACCCAAAUUCGAGGAGAUUCCAGAGUAUAAAAUGCUCUCCAAAGUUCAGAGCUUCCUAAGCGAAACAAACUCGUCCAUCAUCAUGAAGCUGUACAACAUGCGCGCUCAUCUAGAUCCCAAGACCUGGCUGCCACCCUAUUACUCACGCGCCUUGCUUAUCGACUCACGCCACUAUAUGACCUUUGACCAGCGUUUUGUGGGUCUCAAUCUGAACUUUGAGCAACUGGCCAGUAGUGGACGCAAUGGGCAGUGCAGCUAUUUGUUGGCUCAUGACUUUUUCAAGCGCAACUUUACUCUGCUGCUGGAACCAGCGACGCAACCGCUGACUGGUCAAGAAACAGGUGAAAUUUCCACGCGCAAGCUGAGUUUCAUAGCGAAUGGACAGUUUAUCGAGAUAGAUCUUGGCACGGAUCACAUCAGCGUUAAUGGCAAUCCACAGCCAAUAUUGCCACUCAAAUUGGGCGCGGUUAAUAUUUAUCGCGAGCUGGACAUUCUGUCCAUAAUCUCGGACACACAGUUCAGUCUGCACUGCAAUGUGCAAUUCGAUCUGUGCUGGUUCGAGGUGAGCGGGUGGUACUUCGCCAGGACGGCCGGAUUGCUGGGCACGCUCAAUAACGAGCCCUACGAUGAGUACACCAUGUCCAACAGCUUGAUUACGAAUCAAACGCAGCAGUUCACGGACUCCUGGAGCCUGCAGCACUGCCAGCAAACUCAGUUAGCUAGGACUGAGCCAACCAAAAAAGAAAUCAUCCAAAUAUGCAACAAUUUCUUCCGCUCGGGCAUUCUGUCCGCCUGCAGUGCUGUCGUGGAACCGGCACCUUUUUAUGAGAUGUGCCUGGAUCUGGGCAUGAAAUCACAGCCCAUUCGUCCUGGUCAUCCGGCCGUAAAGGGUGCUUGUGCUGCUGCCCUGGCCUAUAUUGAGACCUGUACCACGCUUAAGGUGCCCAUGCGUGUGCCGGAUCAGUGUAUAUUCUGCCAGUUGGCAAAUGGCUCGUAUGUGCCGGAGGGAACAUUUAUGGAGCUGAGCGGCGCUGAUAUUCCACGCAGCAGCGAUGUGGUCUUCAUUGUGGAGGCCAAAUCCUGCAAUGAGAAUCUCAAAGAGUCCAAGAGCAUUAUGAGCGUCGUUUCCAGCAUUGAGGAGCAAUUGCAGGCUGUCAAGUUAACCAACAAUCGCUAUGCAGUUGUGGCAUUUGGCGGCGUUGCCCCUUACGACAGGCCGCGGAGCAUUAUCUAUGAGCGUAAUGUGUUCACAUCGAAGCCCGAGCAGCUGGCCAAUUACUUCGCGCACAUAAAUACCGGCAAUGGCAGCAGCAGCGAUAUCCUAAUGGCCAUUUCAACAGCAUCCCGUCUGAACUUCCGGCCCGGCGUAUCUAAAACCUUCAUCCUGCUGUCGUGCAGCAGCUGUGCGGCUAAGGAUAUGCGCUUCGAUUACACCUCCAUAUUGCAGUUCAUGCUGGAGGAGGGCGUCAAUCUGCACAUUUUAGCGGACACGGAAUUCGAUUUUGAGCGCACGCGAAAACUGCGCCACUUCUUCGGCCUAGAUAGAGAGCUGGUCUACUCGAAACGCUUCCCCGAGGGCGAUGCCGAAACACGGAAACAGGUGCACAUACCCAAGAGCAACUUGGGCAUUUGCACACCGCUGGCGCUAGAGACAAACGGAUCGGUGUUCAGUGCACGCAAACUGGCGCCGGAGCGCAAGUAUCCGAUUAUGCGGCUUGCUACCAUUUUCGCCAAGCGUGUAGCCCAGAGUGCCACGCCUAUAGGCAGUCAAACUUGUGAGUGCUCCGGUCACAACUCGGGCGUAGCCUAUGUGGCGUGUUCGCCGCGUGCCUUACCCGAGGAAAAAGGCAACCUAGACGAAUAUGACGAUUUCCCCAACUGGGAUUGGGAUGUGGACGAACUGGAUGAAGAUGCCUAAACGCAUUUGAUUUAGUUUUUAUUUGAUUAGUUAAUUAAUUUUACGUAUUUUGGGGCAAAAGGUAGUUUUUGUCAAAAAACUCAACAAUAUUUUGUAAAAAUAAAUAAUAUAAUGC